UUGCGGGAAAGGGGGAGAGAGCGAGCAGCUAUAAAGAUCCUCUUUUUGAAGAGUAAUCAUCUGAGAAUCAUGUCACAAUCUGACAGAUCUCCAAGUAAAGCUGAUGAGGACAAAGGAUGAAGCAGGGCAGGGCACCUGGAGAGGUAGAGGAGGAAUAUAAUGAAGUUGAGUGGGAAAGGACUGUUUGCCAUCGUAUCCAGCUGCCUCCUCUUCGCCUGUGGCGUGAGCACCGUUGCAGUCGGAAUCAAAUGCUUCUUGCUGGGAACAGAAGUGAAAGGGGAUUUUCACCUGGGAACCGCGGCAGGGGCGUUUUAUUCCGGACUGCUUAUCUGCCUUGGGCAAGUGCUGCUCGGGGCUGCCUUGGUCUGCUGCAAAGGAAAACCGAGGAGUCAGAAUUUCUUCCUGCUGGGUGUCUUGGUGUUUAUGCUGGGAGUCCUUACUGCCUUCUCGGGAGCAGUUAUAGAUGGAGACACUGUGUCCCUGGUGGAGGGGAAGCAUUCCCAUUACUGUCUGAACUCGCCAAACCCAAUCUGUGACAAACUAAAGGAUUACCAAAGGAGCCUGGUUAUAUCCACUAUCCUUAACACCUUGGAGUGCCUACUUGGGCUUAUAAACUUGAUUAUCAUGAAGAGGUACAAAUCAGCUCAGUUCUACAGAGGGAGACACUCGUCUCAGAGACAAAGCGUCGGGGCUAUACUUUUUAAUGAAGAGCAGGACUUUUCAAUUCGGGAAUUUCCAUUCCAACCUGUUUCUUAUAUUAAUAUUGCAGUUUUUCACGUUUUUGACGAAGCAGAGUUAGAGGUACAAUGUAGAGGCCACCCCUCUAUUGAGUUACCCGGCUAUUCGCCAUCAGAUCCAGAGCUAACCCGUUCAUACCCCUUUUCUUACCCACUUCCAAACGAGCUGCCACCCGCAUACGAAGAGAUAUUUUUCGAGGGAAACUAACAACAAAUAGCAAAAGAGGAAUUGCAAAUUGAGUCUAAUCCGCAGUGACAGUCAGUAGCUCUCCAGGAGGUUUGGAACUCUUGCCUCUAGAAGUGGUAAUGUCCACACAAUUUGCUUAAAAGUCAUGUUAUUUUUCUCUCAACUUAAAAUGCUGCAGUACAUAGCGUUGUUGGGUUAGCCAGACUGAAUGGUAAACAUGCAUAUGGCUGUUGAAUGUUUUAUUUUGGAGCAAAUUGUGGGUAUACCAAAUACGUAGAAAAAAAGACCAUUUCAUCUACAGCAGUAAGAAAUACUUUAGUAUUAAAUAUAAUUUAUUUGAACACACACAGGUACUGCAAAGUACGGGUCUGCUCACUUUAUUCUUACUUUAAUUCUGAAUAUCCCUGGACAAUUUGUUUAUGUAGAUUAUAGAGGUUUCUAAAAUAAAUGUCUAACCUUUUGAAGUGAUGGUUACUGUGCAAAAAAGAUAAUAUUUAUUCUCACUUCAAUAUUUGGCUAGGUAGCCCUAUAGGACAGAUAACAUGUAUAGAUUUAAAAUACUAACUAGAAAAUCAAGACUCACAAGUGUACUGGGUGUAACUUAUUUUACUUAUGACGUUUUCGCAUUUAUAAUUUCUUAUGUGGGAAUAUUGCACACAAUAUCUGCAAACAUUUUAAUCAGCAAUGUUUCAAUAUUUGACACAAUUAUGUAUUGCUUAUUAUUAUAACUUAAUUGUUUAUCAAAAUGGUAUAGGAUUUCUAUUACAGCCUAUAUAUUUUUUGAAUAUUUGGUUUAAUACAACAUUUCUCAAAAAUGUUGCAGCAUUUGAUUGCAAAAAAAAUAGUAGCAUAAUAGACUACCAAAUGUCUUGAACCUUAUUCAUUUUUAUUCUAACUAAUAAGGUCGUCAGAACCCUGUUAAUUUCGAUCUUGAACACGUUUGCACCAAUACUGAUGCAGUAGUACUGAAUUUAGUCCCUUUGAAGGUAUUGAAACUAUAGCCUGCCCUACACUAUUGAAGACAAUUCUUUUCCAUCUUAAUUACCAGAUUAAUCUGAGUUAAAAGAAGGUUGUUGUAUUAUCUGAGUUAUUCUGUGCACAUUUAUUAUGUGUACAUUUAUUUUGUAAUAAUACAUUAGAACUUAUUGAUAAAAUAAUUAUAUACAAAUGUAUUUGCACCUUAGUUUUUUAACUUUUAGCCCUUGAUCUAAUGUUUGCAAAAGUAACACACCUGCAAACAUCAACAAAAAACAAACAAACAAACAAAAACAUAAAAAAAAAAAAAACGACCUUAUACUAUGGAAGGUGAGCUUCUCAAAUCCUGAAAAAUACAAAAAUAAGGAUACAUAUUUUUUUGUGGUGAAGUUACUGGAUAAAACCAGUGUGGGUGUGCUUUUUAAGAAUAAAAAAAAAAACUCUUUGAAAAUGGAGAGAUAAAGACUGUACUUAUGUUCUUGCCUUUCUUUUCAACCCUCAACAGAACACCCGGAAAUUAAAUAACUUAAAUAUUGUUCUUCCAAUAAGGUGUGGGGCCUAUGGGCAGCCAGGACGAGUCUGAAAGGUGAACACACAAUAUCUUUUUAAUUUGCAUAAUACAUAAACCAGUCAUCAAUCUUGUGUCCUCUGUAUGUAUUUAAAUAAAACUACAAAUGUUGACAGUGUUUUCAAUACUGUACUUCGUCUACCAAUAUGGGUUGCAUUCACACCCCAAGGCAACAUUAUUGUUUGAAACUGACUUGAUCAUACCAGUUGUAUCAGAAUUAUAUUUGACAAGUACACAAAAAAAAACCCCAUCAUAUGCUGUUGGGGUCUGUGUUCUGUUGAGGGUUAAUUAUCAUAAAACCAAAGUUUUUAUUAGUGCUUAUAAUUAUCUAGCUGGACCUACUUUAACAAAAUGAUAAUGAUAAUUCAACUGUGGCAUAGUUUCAUGUGUGUACCGUCCAUAUGAUUGCAAUGCGUUGGCCAUGCUUUCAGCUCCUUCCAAUGCAAUUUAAUUUUGUGAAAUCAAACACUGCUGAAGCUGUCAGUCCUUUCCCGUUUUAGAAUUACACUGCUAGGCCAGCAUACAAAUUGUGACUGUAUUAUGAUGUAUUCACUUUAGCCCUGAUAAGUUCCCUUUAAUAGUUAUGUCACUUUAAAAUUGAAUUAAAUAAAAAAAAUAAAACAUCAAUGGUAUAUUCAAAACACUAAAAACUAUUUUUGGAUCAUUCAUCCAACUUUCAAUACCUUCUUUUUGACUCCUGCUCUGAAGACUAGUAUGUGUGUGCAUUUUUGUGCUGUAUAUUUACUAAAAGGUUUGCUAUUAUAAAACAUGCAGUACAUUAUUAUUUGCAGCAUUUUACUUAGUGCUUGGUAUACAAAAUGCUUGUUCUUGGUCUUGGU